CCGUAAAACACGAACCCUCUAGGAAAUCCUACGACAUCUCAUCGCUCAUCAAUCCGGACGACAGCGGCAAAAGCUCUCCUCACGAGAGGCGCUGUGACAUCACGUCGGCCGGCCGACCACCCCUGUAUACCUACAAAAAGGCGGAAAUCGAAAAAGCCGCGCAUUUGCAGUUCCAGCGCGAGAAGACGCUUCUGUCCAACUCGCAGAUGGGCUACCACCACAGGAGCAUGCCCAUGCCGUCAUCGCUACACCAGCAUCACCAUUUUCACCACCACUACUAUCGGCACCAGCUGAUGCUGGCCGCCGACUCCAUGAAUCGGAAAUCCUUCUCAGAGCGGUUGUCUCCUCCACCCCCGCCCCUCGCUCUGUCCUUAUCGACCACGUCCAGCCUCUCAAGGCUUUUGCCCUCGACCUCAGCUGACCAUCGCGGGGAGGAAUCAGAUAGGCACUACGGGACCCGCGGGGGGUCCCAGACAAAUCAUCCGACCCUCGUACAACAGUAUGCUAAAAGCCGACACGGCCUGAC